AGUCGCUGGACAGGAGAAAGUAUUUUUCCACUCGAAAAAGUUAAAGCGAUAAGAAGAAGUUGCAAUUUGUGUGCUGGGAUUACCCUGACUUCACUGACGUCUAUUUCAACAGUGAUCGGCCGUUAUUUUUAAAACUAGUCAACAUUUGGUGCUUUUAUAGUGAUUGUACCGCGGUGAUCACUUACAAAAUUGCGAACGAAGUGCUUUUCGCGACAAUUCAAGAGUUUCUAAAUUACGUGAAAACUUAUAUGCGUUCGUUUUCCGAUAGCGAAACGAUUCAACGAAGAUUGAUCAAGACGCGGAUUUUUUUCAACAAGUAUAGGUAUGUCACUAAUGACCAGGCUAAAUGAUUGCUACGAUCCUAUGCAAAUGCUGUUUAUGUUAUUUGGAAUGAUCACAGGCGUCGGAUACACUUCCUUUGCGGCAACAGGGAUGAUUGUAAACUGCAUGGGGUUUAUGCGGCAGACAUUAGCAUUUCAGGUGAUUGUUCCGAAUUUUUUGCUAUGCUGGAGCCUUUUUUGGUUGGACAAACUUAUGAAUGUGAGUGAUGAUCUACUGUCGUUCUUGUUUAAGUAUAAAAUCAGCAAGUUGAAAAAACCGGCUGCCGACGAGGUAGAGCUGCUUAUUAAGACCUUAAUUAUACGAAAGCCAGUUAUGAAUGCUUCGAAAAUCUUCGUCAUACACACCGGUUUGUUACUGCCGGUAUUGAAAACUUGGUUUACCUACUUCUUAGUUGGUGUGCAAAUGUUAGCCGCGUGGAUGAUCACAGAAAAGGUUUCCUGUUGAACACUUUUACCUUAGAGGGACACAAGAGUGCAAUAAUAUACACUAUGCAAUAUUUAUUAGUAUAUAUUUAACACAUUUUAGUUUAUGUACAGCAAGCAAUACGCAUGGGAAGAACAA